AACAUUCUCUAUAAUUGUUAAGCAGUAGCAAAUCUCCACGUGGGCUUGAUUAUUGGGGAACCUAGUGCUGAAAGAACUAGAAACACCUGAGUUAAUACACAAACCAGAAAAUGUGACGCCAUAUCCCAAAUCUUAAAUGUAAGGGAUUACCACCCCUGGAGUUACAGUUCAAUUACAAUAAAGCAAGGUAAUGACUUUACAUGAGUUUGGAACUGGUCUCUAGUGGGACAUUGUGGGAGGAUGAACACAGAAGAGCUGGAGUUAUUGAGUGACUCCAAAUACAGAAACUAUGUAGCUGCAAUUGACAAAGCACUAAAGAAUUUUGAAUACUCCAGUGAAUGGGCAGAUUUGAUAUCAGCACUUGGAAAACUUAAUAAGGUAUUACAAAAUAAUGCAAAGUACCAGGUAGUACCCAAAAAGCUGACCAUAGGCAAACGCCUAGCUCAGUGUCUACAUCCAGCAUUACCAGGUGGAGUUCAUCGGAAGGCACUUGAAACAUAUGAAAUUAUCUUCAAAAUAAUUGGACCUAAGCGACUUGCCAAAGACCUUUUUUUAUAUAGUUCUGGAUUAUUUCCUCUUCUUGCAAAUGCUGCCAUGUCUGUGAAACCAACAUUGCUCAGUUUGUAUGAGAUAUAUUAUCUGCCUUUGGGUAAAACACUGAAACCUGGUCUACAGGGAUUGCUUACUGGUAUUCUUCCUGGCUUAGAAGAAGGAUCAGAGUACUAUGAGAGAACAAAUACAUUGUUGGAAAAGGUUGCUGCUGCUGUGGACCAGUCAGCAUUCUACAGUGCCCUGUGGGGUAGUCUUCUCACCAGUCCUGCUGUGCGUUUACCUGGAAUCACAUAUGUUCUUGCCCAUUUAAACAGGAAGCUUUCUAUGGAAGAUCAACUUUAUAUCAUUGGCAGUGAUAUUGAGCUAAUGGUAGAAGCAGUAAGUACUUCGGUGCAGGACUCAAGUGUCCUUGUACAGAGAAGCACACUGGACCUCAUACUCUUCUGUUUUCCAUUCCACAUGAGUCAGGCCACUCGACCGGAUAUGAUUAGGAUCUUGUCAGCAGCCCUUCAUGUAGUACUAAGGAGGGAUAUGUCUCUGAACCGAAGACUUUAUGCAUGGCUUCUUGGUUUUGAUAACAAUGGUGCUAUCAUAGGACCCAGAAGCACAAGACACAGUAAUCCUGAAGAACAUGCCACUUACUAUUUCACUACAUUUUCAAAAGAAUUAUUGGUCCAGGCAAUGGUGGGAAUCUUACAAGUGAAUGGAUAUGGAGAAGAGAGCACUCUAAUGCAGGAUCUAAAGCCUUUUCGAAUUUUGAUCAGUUUACUGGACAAACCUGAGCUAGGACCUGUAAUUCUAGAAGAUGUCCUGAUUGAAGUGUUUAGGACAUUGUAUUCUCAAUGCAAAGCAGAGUUGGAUCUUCAAACGGAACCACCCUUCAGCAAGGAUCAUGCUCAGUUAAGCAGUAAAUUAAGAGAAAAUAAGAAAACAGCAGAGCUGAUUAAAACUGCCAACCUUCUCUUUAAUUCCUUCGAACCUUAUUAUAUGUGGGAUUAUGUUGCACGUUGGUUUGAGGAAUGUUGUAGGAGGACACUGCAUGCCAGACUUCAGAUUGGGCCUGGAGAUAGUAGCAACUCAUCUGAAUUACAGCUGACCAAUUUCUGCUUACUGGUGGAUUUUUUGUUGGACAUAGUUUCUUUGGAGACUUAUAUUGAAAUCCAGACAGAACACUUGCCUCAGUUGCUGCUCAGAAUGAUUUCUGCCUUGACAAGCCAUCUCCAGACAUUGCACUUAUCUGAACUCACAGAUUCACUCAGACUCUGCUCAAAGAUCCUUAGCAAGGUUCAGCCUCCACUGUUAUCUGCUAGCACUGGAGUUGUGUUACAGUUUCCAAGUGGGCAGAGCAAUUCAGUCAAAGAAUGGGAAGACAAAAAGGUGUCAGUUUCUCAUGAAAAUCCUACUGAAGUGUUUGAAGAUGGAGAAAAUCCACCAAGUAGUCAAUCAUCAGAAAGUGGAUUCACUGAGUUUAUACAAUAUCAAGCAGACCGAACUGAUGACACUGACAGAGAACUGAGUGAGGGGCAGGGACCAGCUACCAUCCCAAUUGGUAGCACAUCCUCUGAGACAGAAACAGCAUCCACUGUGGGAUCUGAAGAAACCAUCGUUCAGACCCCUUCUUUAGUCACUCAGGGGACAACAACCCGAAGUGGGAAGACAGCCCAAAAGACUGCAAUGCAGUGCUGCUUGGAAUAUGUCCAACAGUUUCUUACCAGACUUAUCAACCUCUACAUCAUUCAGAGUAACUGUUUUUCUCAGGUUUUGGCUACAGAGCAUCAAGGGGAUCUUGGUCGAGAACAAGGAGAGACUUCAAAAUGGGACAGAAAUUCACAAGGAGAUGUAAAAGAGGGAAACAUAAGUAAACAAAAAACUUCUAAAGAAUACCUUGCUGCCUUCCUUGCUGCCUGUCAGCUCUUCCUAGAGUGCUCAAGUUUCCCAGUUUACAUUGCUGAGGGGAACCAUACAUCAGAGUUACAUUCUGAAAAAUUGGAGACUGACUGUGAGCAUGUGCAGCCUCCACAGUGGCUCCAGACUCUGAUGAAUGCUUGCAGCCAAGCAAGUGAUUUCAGUGUUCAGAGUGUUGCUAUUUCACUAGUCAUGGACCUGGUGGGACUGACACAGUCUGUGGCCAUGGUCACUGGGGAAAACAUCAACAGUGUGGAGUCUGCACAACCCUUAAGUCCAAACCAGGGAAGAGUAGCUGUGGUUAUUAGACCUCCCCUCACUCAGGGCAAUCUGAGGUACAUAGCUGAGAAGACUGAAUUUUUCAAGCAUGUAGCUUCAACAUUGUGGGACCAGUUGGGAGAUGGGACACCUCAGCAUCACCAGAAGAGUGUGGAACUAUUUUAUCAAUUACAUAACUUAGUUCCUUCUUCUAGCAUCUGUGAGGAUGUUAUAAGUCACCAGUUAACCCAUAAAGAUAAGAAAAUAAGGAUGGAAGCACAUGCCAAGUUUGCAGUCCUUUGGCAUCUAACAAGAGAUCUCCAUAUAAAUAAAUCUUCAUCUUUUGCACGUUCUUUUGACAGGUCGCUGUUCAUCAUGUUAGAUAGCCUUAACAGUCUUGAUGGUACUACUAGCUCUGUGGGACAAGCCUGGCUGAACCAAGUCCUACAAAGACAUGAUAUUGCAAGAGUUUUAGAACCAUUGCUAUUGCUCCUGCUUCAUCCAAAAACUCAGAGAGUUUCAGUACAGCGCGUACAAGCAGAACGUUACUGGAAUAAGGCUCCCUGUUAUCCAGGAGAGGAGAGUGACAAGCAUUUCAUGCAAAAUUUUGCCUGCAGCAAUGUGAGCCAAGUACAACUCAUCACAUUAAAAGGAAAUGGAGAAAAGCCACUUACCAUGGAUGAAAUAGAGAACUUUAGUCUCACCGUUAAUCCAUUAAGUGACAGACUUUCCCUCCUAAGUACCAGCAGUGAGACAAUUCCAAUGGUUGUGUCUGAUUUUGAUCUUCCAGACCAACAGAUAGAAAUACUUCAGAGUUCUGACUCAGGAUGUUCACAGUCCUCUGCAGGGGACAACUUGAGUUAUGAAGUUGAUUCUGAAACUGUGAAUGCCCAAGAGGAUUCUCAGAUGCCAAAGGAAGGCUCCCCAGAUGAUGAUGUUCAGCAGGUAGUGUUUGACCUGAUAUGUAAAGUUGUAAGUGGCCUCGAAGUGGAAUCUGCAUCAGUUACAUCUCAAUUAGAAAUUGAAGCUAUGCCUCCAAAGUGCAGUGGUACAGAUCCAGGUGAAGAGAUGAUUAAAAUUGAAGAUGACUCCAGUCAACAGAGUCAGAAUGCUUUGCUAAGUAAUGAAAGUUGUCAGUUUCUGUCUGUGUCUGCAGAGGGAGGCCAUGAGUGUGUGGCAAAUGGAAUCUCCAGGAAUAGCUCCUCACCUUGUAUUUCAGGAACCACACACACUCUUCAUGAUGGUUCUACUGCUUCCACAGAAACCAAAUCUAGACAGAGGAGUCACAGUAGUAUUCAAUUCAGCUUCAAAGAAAAAUUAUCAGAAAAAGUUUCAGAGAAGGAAACAAUAGUUAAGGAGUCAGGUAAACAACCAGGAGCAAAACCUAAAGUAAAACUUGCCAGAAAAAAGGAUGAUGACAAGAAAAAAUCUUCAAAUGAAAAACUCAAACAAACCAGUGUAUUCUUUAGUGAUGGUCUGGAUUUAGAGAACUGGUAUAGCUGUGGAGAGGGAGACAUUUCUGAAAUUGAGAGUGACAUGGGUUCUCCAGGAUCUCGGAAAUCUCCCAUUUUCAAUAUUCAUCCUCUCUAUCAACAUGUGCUCCUGUACCUCCAGCUGUAUGAUUCAUCCAGGACUUUGUAUGCUUUCUCUGCCAUCAAAGCCAUCUUGAAAACGAACCCUAUAGCUUUUGUAAAUGCCAUUUCAACUACUAGUGUAAAUAACGCAUAUACUCCUCAGUUGUCUCUCCUUCAGAAUCUAUUGGCUAGACACCGGAUUUCUGUUAUGGGCAAAGAUUUUUAUAGUCACAUUCCAGUGGACUCAAAUCAUAAUUUCCGGAGUUCUAUGUAUAUAGAAAUUCUUAUUUCCCUCUGCUUAUAUUACGUGCGUAGCCAUUACCCAACUCAUGUCAAGGUUACUCCACAAGAUUUAAUAGGCAAUCGAAACAUGCAGAUGAUGAGCAUAGAAAUUCUGACACUACUCUUUACUGAGCUGGCAAAAGUAAUAGAAAGCUCAGCGAAGGGUUUCCCUAGUUUUAUUUCUGAUAUGUUAUCUAAGUGCAAAGUUCAGAAAGUGAUUCUUCAUUGUUUGCUGUCAUCUAUCUUUAGUGCUCAGAAAUGGCAUAGUGAAAAAAUUGCAGGUAAGAACAUGGUUGCUGUGGAAGAAGGUUUCUCAGAGGACAGCCUUAUUAAUUUCUCAGAGGAUGAAUUUGACAAUGGCAGCACGUUACAAUCACAACUUCUUAAGGUGCUUCAGAGACUGAUUGUUUUAGAACACAGAGUAAUGACUAUUCCUGAAGAGAAUGAAACAGGUUUUGAUUUUGUUGUAUCUGACUUGGAACACAUUAGUCCCCAUCAGCCCAUGACUUCUCUUCAGUAUUUGCAUGCUCAGCCAAUCACGUGUCAAGGCAUGUUCCUCUGUGCGGUAAUACGAGCUUUGCAUCAACACUGUGCAUGUAAGAUGCACCCACAAUGGAUUGGUUUAAUCACAUCUACUCUGCCUUAUAUGGGAAAAGUUCUACAGAGAGUGGUUGUUUCUGUGACGCUACAACUGUGCAGAAAUUUAGAUAAUCUAAUUCAGCAGUACAAAUACGAAACAGGAUUAUCUGAUAGUAGGCCUCUGUGGAUGGCAUCAAUUAUUCCACCAGAUAUGAUUCUUACUCUUUUGGAAGGGAUUACAGCCAUUAUUCAUUACUGUUUGUUGGAUCCAACUACACAGUAUCACCAACUUUUGGUCAGUGUAGACCAGAAACACUUGUUUGAAGCACGCAGUGGAAUCCUCUCAAUCCUUCAUAUGAUCAUGUCCUCUGUAACAUUGCUUUGGAGCAUACUGCAUCAAGCUGAUUCUUCAGAAAAGAUGACUCUUGCUGCAUCUGCAGCUGUUACCACUAUUAAUCUUGGAGCUACAAAGAACUUGAGACAACAGAUUCUUGAAUUGUUGGGUCCAAUUUCAAUGAAUCAUGGUGUUCAUUUUAUGGCUGCCAUUGCAUUUGUGUGGAAUGAAAGAAGACAGAAUAAAACAACCACCAGGACUAAGGUCAUUCCUGCAGCCAGCGAAGAACAGCUUUUAUUAGUGGAACUGGUUCGUUCAAUCAGUGUCAUGAGAGCAGAAACUGUUAUCCAGACUGUAAAAGAAGUUUUAAAGCAGCCACCAGCCAUAGCCAAGGACAAGAAACAUCUUUCUUUGGAAGUCUGCAUGCUUCAGUUUUUCUAUGCUUAUAUUCAAAGGAUCCCAGUGCCCAAUUUAGUGGAUAGCUGGGCAUCACUGUUGAUACUUCUGAAAGACUCUAUACAACUGAGUCUUCCAGCUCCAGGGCAGUUUCUUAUACUUGGGGUUCUGAAUGAGUUUAUCAUGAAAAACCCUAGUCUGGAAAAUAAAAAAGACCAAAGAGACCUUCAGGAUGUAACUCACAAAAUAGUGGAUGCAAUUGGUGCAAUUGCUGGUUCUUCUCUGGAACAGACAACAUGGCUGCGACGAAAUCUUGAAGUUAAGCCUUCUCCCAAAAUAAUGGUGGAUGGAACCAAUUUGGAAUCUGAUGUGGAAGAUAUGUUAUCACCUGCAAUGGAAACUGCAAACAUAACUCCUUCUGUAUAUAGUGUCCAUGCAUUGACAUUACUGUCUGAGGUUUUGGCUCAUCUUUUGGAUAUGGUUUUCUAUAGUGAUGAAAAGGAGCGGGUUAUUCCUUUACUUGUAAAUAUUAUGCAUUAUGUUGUGCCCUACCUCAGAAAUCACAGUGCACAUAAUGCCCCUAGUUAUCGAGCUUGUGUCCAGCUGCUCAGCAGUCUUAGCGGAUAUCAGUAUACACGAAGAGCGUGGAAGAAAGAAGCUUUUGACCUCUUUAUGGAUCCCAGUUUCUUUCAGAUGGAUGCCUCUUGUGUUAAUCAUUGGAGAGCAAUUAUGGACAAUCUGAUGACACAUGAUAAAACAACAUUUAGAGAUUUGAUGACUCGUGUAGCAGUGGCUCAAAGCAGUUCACUUAAUCUCUUUGCAAACCGUGAUGUGGAGCUAGAACAGAGAGCCAUGCUUCUUAAAAGAUUAGCAUUUGCUAUUUUUAGCAGUGAAAUUGACCAGUACCAGAAAUAUCUUCCAGAUAUACAAGAGAGAUUGGUUGAGAGUCUCCGUUUGCCUCAGGUGCCAACUCUCCAUUCUCAAGUGUUCCUGUUUUUCAGAGUGUUACUUUUAAGAAUGUCUCCCCAGCAUCUUACCUCACUCUGGCCUACCAUGAUUACAGAACUUGUACAGGUAUUUUUACUGAUGGAGCAGGAACUCACUGCUGAUGAAGAUAUUUCACGGACUUCAGGCCCCUCUGUAGCUGGUCUGGAGACAACAUAUACAGGAGGUAAUGGCUUCUCUACUUCAUAUAACAGCCAGCGGUGGUUAAACCUCUAUCUGUCUGCUUGCAAAUUUUUGGAUUUGGCUCUCGCAUUGCCCUCUGAAAACCUUCCUCAGUUUCAGAUGUACCGAUGGGCCUUUAUUCCAGAAGCCUCAGAUGAUUCAGGUUUGGAAGUCAGAAGGCAGGGUAUACAUCAACGAGAAUUUAAACCUUACGUGGUACGACUAGCAAAACUUCUUCGGAAAAGAGCAAAGAAAAAUCCAGAAGACGACAACUCAGGGAGGACGUUGGGUUGGGAGCCAGGGCACUUGCUGCUCACCAUCUGCACCGUGCGCAGCAUGGAGCAGCUUCUGCCAUUCUUCAAUGUGCUCAGUCAAGUCUUCAACAGCAAAGUCACAAGCCGAUGUGGAGGACACGCAGGAAGUCCCAUCCUCUACUCAAAUGCCUUCCCUAAUAAGGACAUGAAACUGGAGAACCACAAACCAUGUUCCAGCAAAGCCAGGCAAAAAAUAGAAGAGAUGGUAGAAAAAGAUUUUCUGGAAGGGAUGAUAAAAACUUGAGCAGCACUGGUGGUUCCAUUUAGCUUACAUGUAAAUGUAAUUAUUUAAAACAAACACACUGCUCUGAGUUGUAUAGUUUUUCCUUUUUUUUUUUUUUUGUAUGUAACAAAACACAUUUCAGGUUGUAUUUAAUUUAAAUAUUUGUAAAUAAGAGCAAAUGUCUGAGCGUGGCCUGAAUCAAGUUUAAAUAUAAGUUUAAAUAUUGGCUCAUAUUAAUUAUGGUGCCUAAGAGAGCUAUAUAUACAUGUAAAGUCCAUUGUUUUUAUUGUCUUGAGUUGUCUUAAACCUGCAAAAUAUACACUACACAUUUUUUU